GGACAGCCACAACAGAUUCGAGGCCGGGCUGUUUUCUUUCUCGCUCCUAUCAUUUCGUUCCGUUCCUGAUACAGGCGAGCAGGGACGACUGCAGGCCUCCCCCUCUUUCUCGGCUUCCACUCACCCGCCACCACUGGACCACCCCCAACGGCGAGGGAGUGAGAGAGAUCGGCAGCAGCUCGGGGGCCUGGCAGGGCAGCUGCAUUGCGCUGCGGCGGGCGGCGGCCAUGGCCGAUUCGUACGGCGACGGCAAGGGCCCAUCACUCAAGAGCCAGAGCCAGAACCAGCAGCCGCGCCCUGGCCCCCGCCUCAAGCCCGCCAUCGAGAUGGAGGAUCUCAUCAACCUCCUCCACGGAUCCGAUCCAGUCCGGGUCGAGCUCACCCGCCUCGAGAACGAACUGCAGUUCAAGGAGAAGGAGCUGGGCGAUGCGCAGGCGGAGAUCAAGGCUCUUCGCUUGUCGGACCGCGCGCGCGAGAAGGCCGUACAGGAUCUUACCGAAGAAUUGGCAAAGGUGGAUGGGAAGCUGAAGCUCACAGAGUCUCUCCUUGAAAGCAAAAACCUUGAAGCAAAGAAAAUCAACGACGAAAAAAAAGCAGCGCUUGCCGCACAGUUUGCAGCUGAGGCAACACUACGAAGGGUUCAUGCGGCACAGAAGGAUGAUGACAUGCCUCCUAUUGAGGCCAUCCUUGCACCACUGGAAGCUGAGCUGAAACUGGCCCGUCAAGAGAUUGCAAAAUUACAAGAUGACAACAGGGCAUUGGAUCGUCUUACAAAGUCUAAGGAAGCAGCUCUGCUUGAAGCGGAAAGGACGGUUCAGAUGGCACUGGCAAAAGCUUCCUUGGUGGAUGAUCUGCAAAACAAAAACCAAGAGUUGAUGAAACAGAUUGAGAUAUGCCAGGAAGAGAACAAAAUCUUGGAUAGAAUGCACCGCCAGAAAGUUGCUGAGGUUGAAAAGCUCACGCAGACUGUCAGAGAGCUAGAAGAAUCUGUUCUUGCUGGUGGUGCAGCCGCAAAUGCUGUCAGAGACUACCAGCGGAAAGUUCAGGAGAUGAAUGAGGAAAUGAAAACUCUUGAUCGUGAGCUAGCUCGUGCAAAGGUUUCAGCAAAUAGGGUUGCAGUAGUGGUGGCAAAUGAGUGGAAAGAUGGCGAUGAUAAAGUAAUGCCUGUUAAACGAUGGCUCGAGGAGCGAAGGAUUCUGCAAGGAGAAAUGCAGCAACUCCGGGACAAACUUGCUAUUGCAGAAAGGGCUGCAAGAUCAGAAGCUCAACUGAAAGAGAAGUUCCAGCUACGACUUAAGGUACUCGAGGAAGGAUUGAGAAUGUCUACAUCGAGAACCAAUGUCAGUGGCACACGCCGCCAGUCUAUUGGUGGUGCUGAUGGUUUGUCUAAGGCCAACGGCUUCCUGUCAAAACGCCCAUCAUUCCAGAUGAGAUCACCAGUGUCUACCACAACGACUCUAGUGAACCAUGCAAAAGGAGCGUCCAAGUCGUUUGACGGAGGCUGUAGAUCACUUGAACGCUAUAAGGGCCAUGUAAACGGGAAUGGUAUGAACGUAUCUACCGAUUCCAGUGAAGAUAAAGAUUCAAACAACUCAGAUGAGAAGUGUAACGAGUUUGCAUCUGCUGAGUCGGAGGACUCGGUGUCAGGUGUUCUAUAUGAUAUGUUGCAAAAGGAGGUCAUUUCUCUAAGGAAGGCGUGCCACGAAAAGGAUCAGAGCCUGAAAGACAAGGACGACGCAGUUGAGAUGUUGGCAAAGAAAGUAGAUACUUUGACAAAAGCUAUGGAGUCAGAUGCCAAGAAAUCGAGGCGCGAGCUAGCUGCUAUGGAGAAGGAGCUGGCAGCUGUGCGCUUGGAGAAAGAGCAGGAUAACAGGGCAAGACGUUUUGGUAGUUCAAGCGGUUCUGCCAGCAGUUCGCAGCUCCCACCUGGCAGGACUUUACCUAGGAGCGGCUCGGCGCGCAACAUGUGAAGGCAUGUAGGAAUUGACCGAAUAUGGCUUUGAUGAUCCUUACUUGGAUUAGGACUGGUGACUGGGAAGGAACCUCUCAUUGUCCUGGAGAAGAUGGCAUCAGCGGAAGAGCCUCUUCUGCCUACAUCUCGUGGUCGCAGGGAUGAACUACUUUGUGUCUAACAUCUCCGGCUAGUGUUUUCUUUUCUUUUGUUUUGACGACGUGUCAUUCGGUGGUGAUUGCUGUUGUUUCUUUUCUUUUGGCAGUUUGAUGAUCUUUGUUGGUGCUGUAUAGGUUUGGUGAGGCGUUGCUCCUUUUUCUUCUUUGGUUUGUUUGUUCGACAUAUCCGUCGGUCUGGUUGUUUACGAUGUAAAAUGUACGCACUGAAGAGUUGCUUAUGGUUUGCCUGAUA